AUGAGUGCGAGAAUCAGUAGCGACUUUAAUCAAAACUCGGCACAUCAGCUCGCUAUUACUCUAUGGUCAUGGAGCUUCUGCCAAGACUGCAAACAGCAAGGUAUUGUACCGUGCAAUGACGAGAAUUGCCCAAGCGAACGAGUCAUUCAAAUGCAACGAUACUUGCAAUACUACGAAGCAGUUGUUUCAACAUAUAUAGAUGCAACUUCCAUGUCAACAAGAAGCAUUACGGCCCACUCAAAUAUCUUGACAUUGAUCUCUAUUCUGAAAUCACAUCCAGAUGUAACAUUGUCAAACAUUCGUCGAUUAGCUUCACCAAAUAUCGAUAUUAAUGCUCAAGAUUUCCUCGACAACAGCCAAGCCGACCCAGUCGCACUUGGUGUCAAGGUUUUGCUCAUGAUUGAUCCUUCAAUCACCUAUCAUUCACCAGACAGACUCGAGAGAGGAACAUUCAGACUGCACUGGAAAGAAGACGUUUCACUUAGCAAAUACAUCCAGGACUCAUUUCCACUUAGUAAACACAAAGUCCUCAGUUACAAUGGCAGCGAGUUGUUCGCAGAUUUGAAGUGGCAACUAAGAGCUUGCAAUCUCAAGAAACGACUCAAAAUUACUAUUAGAGCGACGUCGGACAUACGAAACCAUCUGCUGUUUGACAGAAGAAACUAUAUCCUAGAGGUUUACCACUAUACAUCUUUCCUCAAAGAACAGUUGCGAGUAACCAGAGAUGCUGGUGACUGCUCUAGCCCGUCUUCGUCUCUCAAGAUGGGCGUGCUACCACGUCAGCUAGUCCUUGAAAUCUUGGACUCUCUUCAAGGAACUCUUUUCCCACUAUCUGAUCCCAAGUCUAAGAAACUUGUACGAUCACUUAUCGAAAAGUGUCACUUCGACCCAGACAUUCUUAAUUUCGAAUUCAGCUCAGUCAGGCGUGUUGGAGAAGAGAUCCACAACCUCGCAGUUGGCAUCAACGAUUUAUAA